UUUGGAAUAUUCUGCGAAGAUAACUUAUGGAAACUAACAAUUAUAGGAACACUGAGCGGAAUUGGAGAGAUAGUGUGUUUCUCAUAUGCGGGAUUCAUUUCUGAUAGGUAUGGUCGAGGAAAAUUGAUAAUAUUAAGCGUAUCAAUGAGUUCGAUAAUCAGUAUAGUUAGAUCAUUCUCAACGAAUUACACAAUGUAUGCCUUCUUGGAGUUUUUCGAUACAGUUUUUUGUGCGGCCAUGUUUGGAGCUUCUUUAGUUUUGGUAAUGGAGCUUGUAUCGCCCAAACAGAGAGAUAUCGCCAACUUACUGAUUUGCUUUUUCUACACUAUUGGCCAAUGGAUAGUAGGAGUAACGGCCUGGCUAUCUCCUUCUUGGAGAAUGAUGAUACGAGUCCUCCAUAUCCCAGGUCUUAUGAUUUUAUCACUUUUCUUCGCAAUACCCGAAACAAGGACUUUGGUAUUUUUAACUUAUAAAAGAAAUCGUGCCAAAGAAAUUGUUUCAGAGGAAGAGGGGUUGAACGAAAUGAAGGAUACAGGAACGAUAACAAAGGAUCAAGUUGAAGAGGUGGAACUGCAGGGAUUUUGGGACGUGAUGAAAGAAAAGGUUUUAUUACUGAGGGCAAUUCGAUGUUCACUGCUUUGGAUCGGUAGCAAUUUUUUGUAUUACGGACUGACACUAUACUCAGUGACAAUAUCUGAAGAUAUUUAUGUCAAUUUCGUUUUAUCAGUGGCCAUUGACAUACCUGCAAUAUUAACUUAUUAUUAUGGCUCUCAGAAAUUCAGAAGGAGAUGGACUAUGCUGGUAGCAUUCAUGACUACUGGAGUUUGUUGUUUAUGCGUUGGAUUUAUUGAAGAAGAAUUGUACUGGACGAGACUACUAAUAUUUUUACUUGGAAAAUGUGGUGCAGCGGUUGUGUUCACCUUGAUAUUUGUUUUCACAACGGAACUAUUUCCCACUUCUUCAAGGCACUCCAUUUUAUCAUUAUGCUCGAUGAUUGGAAAAAUAGGAUCAUUACUGGCUCCACAGCUCCCACUCUUGGCAAGAAUGAACCAUGCAGCUCCCUUGAUGAUUUUUGGAAUUAUCGCUGUGACAGCAGGAAUAUUGUCUUUGUUCUUUCCGGAAACAGUCGAUACGAAACUACCAGAAACAAUCGAAGAAGCUGUCAAUAUGGGAAACAUAUCUGUUGACAAUAACAAAAUAAAAAUAUGAAUAAAAACA